UCUUCGCAAAUUAUUUGUAGGUAUGGCGAUACGAAUAAAAGUACUUAAAGACGCCGAGAGUUUCAUUUGAACGUUAGUCUAAUAUUCAUGUGAUAACACUUAUAUCUCGACUGAUAGUGUCUAACCUAUCGGAUUAGGAAAAACAGAAGUACUCAUGUGCGUGGCUCAGCGCGGACGUGCUUUAUGGCAUUCUCACCUGUAGAGGAGGGGGGGUAUACCAGAGAGUGUGCAAAAAGAACAUCUAAAGAGCAAAAGACCACCCUCUUUCGAAGGUGUAGAAACUCUGAUGGUUUACUCCGUGACAAUGGACGUUCCGCGCGACUUUUCAGUCGAAUCUAUAGGAAUCUUUCCGCGCGACUUUGCAGUCGAAUCUGUAGGAAUCUUUCCGCGCGACUUUGCAGUCGAAUCUAUAGGAACCUUUCCGCGCGACUUUGCAGUCGAACCUAUAGUCGAACUCACAACCCUUGUGGGGCUCGUUGGUGGCGUUGAACCAACUGAGCCGACCGACCUGCUCUACAAUCUUUCACCUUGUGGCGUUACAGCUGCCUAGGUGGCUUGUCACAGAGCUGUUGCCACAAUAUCCCUAUAAACAUGAGGUAGGUUUAAGCUGCAGUCACGUGCAUCAUCAAGCAAUCCUCUCAGUUCAUACUUCCUUCUCCUCACCCACCGCUAAUUUUCCUUCCUCACAUAUUCAAAGCAGCGUUGGGAAAAUCCACCGACCAUGGACUCGCCCCAUGCCCAUUCAAAAGGUAUUCCAUUCCAAUAGCUCAUCUCACCUCGAAUUUCUGUUCCACCUCUCCUGUCGCAAAAAAAGCGUAGACUGCGGAACAUAUUCACUUACAUCUUCCUUUCCAGACGAUGUCAAGGACACCUCUACCCUCCCACCCGGCUCCGCGGAGUCGCUCGCCAGGCUACCCGAACGUAUGUCUGCCCUCCAUCUUCUUAGUGCUCGUGGCGCAAAGAGGUAAUC